UCUAACUCAAACAAUUAAGACACUAAUUUUGUGUAUUGACCUCACCACCACUUUAUAGACACUUAAUUGAGGCCCAAUACAACAAAUAAGCAAAUAACCCAUAAACAAGUGACCUAAGGCCCAUAGAACCCAUCCAUGGCCCAAAAUAAAGUCUUCUUAGGCUCAAUUGGGCAGUCUUGACUGCAUGUCUAUUUUCAAUAGAAACCAUAAAAGCAAAUACUUUGAAACGUCUCCAAAAUGUGGCCUCAAUUUUUUGCUUUCUUGUUACAGCUUUUAGCAGACUGGGAAGACGAAGCAUGCUGAGUUAGAGAGUGAAAGCCUCAUAUUAGAUUAAGAUUCAACAGCAGAGCAUGGCGUUGAGGCCUCUUUUGGGGUUUUCUGAUGGGGAUCUGAUGAGGUCAGAUGCAAAGCCAUGUUCAAGAUUAAUGAGGCACACAGCAGGAAUUUUCUCUGUAGGUGGAGGACUGGCUUUUUGGGUUCUUUGUCGAUUGCAUUAUGGUCCGAGGAUAACAGUUCCGAGGAGUCUCAGAUGGGCAGCCUGUGGAGCUGUAACUGUGAGCUCAACCUCUGCUUUGCUGGUUCGCCUUUUUAGUCCUGAAUGUGAACCCCAGAAUAUUGCAGCUUUUGACAAAGGAAAAUGAAUAUCAAUGGUCCAUCAGGUUUAGAGUUGGAUCUGUCUAAUGAGUUCCCACUGCUCUCUUCUUGCAAUAGUUGGUUGUGGUAACAGAAUAAUUCACAAAAGACCAGCAUGGUAUUAUCUUCCAAUGUG